AUGAAAUCUGUUGCCAUGCAACAAAAUGUUACCAUGGAUCAAUCUCAUAUGCCACCAUUAAACUCUGUCAGUUCAAUACGCUAUGACAUUUGUUUAGAAGCCCCAACAGCCGCAGCUCAGAAAAUUGAUGAACCUCCCUUGACUUAUUUAAAUAAAGGUCAACACUAUAAUAUCACCUUGAAGGAUGUCAAGAGUUAUGAUGGAGACAUUAUCAGUACAGCCAUUAUCACUUUCCAUGAUGAAGCACACCGCGCUGGUGCAACUGACUAUUGGAAGUUUUGGUUAUCUCAUCAAAAUAAUGCAGAAAAAGCAAAGGCCAUUGAUUUAGACAUCUCAAGGUCAAAUGGCAUCCAUAUUAUCGAACACAGGCAAUUUGAUCGCAUUGUAUUUCGUUGGAAUGGAAAAACAGGUGCAUCCAUCUAUGUCAAGUUCAACUGUCUCUCUACAGACUUUUCUAGAAUCAAAGGUGUCAAAGGUAUACCUCUUCGUCUACAAAUCGAAAGUUAUCAACAUGGCAUGCCUCAUGUCGAAAAAACAUACUGCAGAAUAAAGUUGUUUCGUGACAAAGGUGCGGAAAGGAAAAAUAAGGACGACGCAAGACAUAUUGAACGACAAUUGGAAAAGCUUCGCGGGAAAAACGGCGAACCUCAUCCCCUCUGGCUGGCUUAUUCUCCAACGUCUCCCGUGACGGUAUUCAGAGAGUUAGUUACACCAGAAGAAGACAUGGCAGAAGAUAUGCAUAGACGCGGCUUAAUUGCCUCUCCAAGCAGUAACAACGUCCUCUUGCCAUUACCUUCUCCAGUACCUGCUCCAGUAAAUUUUAUGCCCGGCCCCAUGCGAAGAAGUUUUAGUACAAGUUUUCAACCUGCUCCUGCUGUGGAUAUGCAUUAUCCUUACCCUGCACAAGUACCCAUAGGCUACGAUCCUUCCUAUGUACCUCAGAGAAGAAGACGUAUCGCAAAGCUUAGUGUGUUGGUCAAGUUUGAAUCAGACGAUGUCUACAGAGCUAUCUAUUUAGAACAUCUGACAGUUAAAGAAUUAACGGAAAAGAUAGUUGAACGUAGUGAGAUAAAGAAACCUGUCAGCAAAGUUAUUCGAAAGUUCAAACGAUCUAAUAAGAAAUCCAUUGUUGUCCGCAUGGAGGAUGACGUUGUGAAGGAUAUGCAAGAAGAGCAAGAUAUAUUAGUACAGACUGAGGAUGAUGAAGAUGGCCAAUCUGUCACAUUAGUGUUGGUUUUUUGA